AUGAAAGUCAAUGUAAUCACACCUUGGCUCCUGAUAAAGGCGAUAGCGAAGCGGUUCCGGGAUGCGCAGUCGGGCGGCUCCGUGGUUUGCUUGACCCAGAUCAUCAGCGCUGAGAGAGGAUUGUAUCCGGGGGCUGCGGCAUACGGCACAAGUUUAGGUGCCGUUCACCAGCUCGUCAGACUGUCGGCGAUGGAGCUCGGCAAGCACAAGAUCAGGGUGAACGCCGUCUGCCGCGGCCUCCACCUGGGGGACAAGUUCCCUCUCUCUGUUGGGGAGGAGAAGGCCGAGAAGGCGACCGGGGAGGUGAUGCCGCUGCGGCGGUGGCUGGACCCGGACAAGGACCUCGCUUCCACGGUGCUGUACCUGGUCGGCGACGACUCCCGCUUCAUGACAGGCACCACCAUCUAUGUCGACGGCGCACAGUCCAUUGUGCGCCCUCGCAUGCGUUCCUUCCUGUAG